AUGCUGGGAAAGGUCCGCGAUGGCGCAAACCCGUUUAAAGCGCAGGAGGACAAGCUCAACGUGACGUGGACCGGCGACCAUCCCGCCAUCGAGCUGCGGUGGCUGCCAAAAGACGCUGCCAGGGACGGAGCACAUUCGGAAGACAUCUUUCGCAACCUUGGGCCCGCUUCGCCUUACUCGCCAGCAAAGGAUCUGUUUCCAGAGACGAUCCCGUACGAGGCCGUGCCGGCCCAGUGCACCGUCAAGCAAGUACACAUGAUCUACCGCCAUGGCGCGCGAUACCCGACCAAAGGACGCAAAAAGGGACCGGGGCAUGUGGGCAAGCGGAUCGACAAGGCCAAGCGCCACGGCACGUUUGUGGCAUCGAGCGACCUCGCUUUCUUGAACGAUUGGACCUACACACUCGGCAAGGGCAAGCUUGUUCGCCAGGGCGGCCAAGACAUGUUUAACGCAGGCACACACGCCUACUACCAAUACGCAGAGCUUAUGGACAAGCUCAAAGAGCACAAGCCGGUCAUCCGCACGACCUCGCAGAGCCGUAUGUUAGACUCGGCGCGUUACUGGUCGCUUGGGUUUGUGGGGUGGGACGCCGUGGACAAGGUCGAUUUGGAAGUGCUGCCGGAAGGGCCGGCGUGGAACAGCACCUUGUCGCCCAAGCACGCAUGCCCGAACGCCCACAACAAAGAGAAAAAGCUAGGUCGCAAACGUGCCUCUGUAUGGGGCAAGGAGUACCUGCCUGCGCUCGUGGAGCGUCUGCAGCCCAUGAUCAAGGGCAUGGAACUGACCACGGACGACGUGUUCAACAUGAUGGCUCUGUGUGCCUACGAGACGGCUGCGCUUGGCUACUCCGAGUUCUGCCCAGUAUUCACCAAGAAAGAAUACGAGAGUUUUGAGUACUCGUUCGAUCUAGGCUUCCAUGGCGACCACGGCUUUGGCAGUGAGACGGGCCGUGCGGAGGGCAUGGGAUGGGUCGGUGAGUUUUCGGAUCGCCUCGCAAAGAAGCCAUUCGAAGGCCCUAUCACAUCGCAGAACAGUACGGUGGAUUCCAAUGCGACCUACUUUCCGCUCGAUCAGCCAGUCUUUGUCGACUUUACACACGACACGGUGCUCAUGGCGAUCCUGACGACGCUCAACAUGACGCAGUUUGACGGACCUAUGGACAUGCAUCACCCCGAUCCUCACCGCACUUUUCGCGCAAGCCGUAUCACACCUUUUGGCGCCCGUCUUGUGUUUGAAGUGAUGGAAUGCGCCGAGGGCGAGUCGACGAUGGACUACGUUCGUGCGAAAAUCAACGAGGCGAUUAUUCCUUUGAACGAGGACCAGGGGUGCACCAAGCGUCCGGACGGGCUUUGUCGGCUUAAUGCGUUUAUCGCACACACGAAAAAGAUGUACAAUGCUGCGCACUUUGCCGAAAUAUGCUUCGCCCAUCCCCGCUGA